AUGAGGUUCCUUGUUCUGACUUGUGCACUCGCUGCAACAACGUCUGCAGCUCUCCAGGGCUACAGUCUGCAAAGACCAGCUGGUUCUUCACUAUCCACUGGCCCUGGACAAUCUACGGGAAAUAGAUUUUCUGUGGGAGUCAGCGGUGGACAUGGAGUAGGAGUUGGGAUUAAUGCUGGAAGUGGACAUGGAGUUGGAGGUGGUAUUUCUGAUGGUGCUGGGCAUGGCGUAGGAGGUGGUAUUUCCUCUGGGUUUGGUCAGGCAACAGGAACCGGCCUCUCCAUAGCAGGAGGCGAGGGUGCUGCAGUUUUGGAACCAUGUGGAGAAGGACAAGUUCGACAUGUGGACGGUUCUUGCGUUACACCGGUUGUUAACAGGAAUGUAUUCGUCUUUGAUGUCCCUGAACAAAGAGAACCGAUUGGUCCUCCACCAAGCAUUCCUCCUCCAAGAGUUGACCAUAACAUUCUGUUCGUCCGACUUCCCGAAGAAGGAGAAGGACUUGAACCCAUCAUUGUUCCUCCACCAAGGCAGGAGAACAUCGUCUAUGUACUCAACAAAAAGGACGAACAAGCUCAGCGUGUCAUCGAGGUACCUGCUCAUCCUCCAUCUGAUCCCGAAAUCUACUUCGUCAAUUAUGAAGAGGGUGAGAACCCAACUCUACCCAUUGGUGUGGAUCUCAAUACUGCUCUUGGUUCAGCUGCUGAAGCUGGCGGACAAGUAAUUGCGGCCGCCGGCGCUGGAUUAGGCGGCACCAUUGGAGGAGUAGGUGGAGGAAGUGGAUUUGGAACGGUUAGCGGAGUAGGUGGAGUUGGUGCAGGAAGUGGAUUUGGAACUGUUAGCGGAGGAUUUACAGGAGGUAAUGUAGGUUCAGGAAGUAGCUUCCAGGUUGGCAGUGGUGUAAGUGGUUUCCAGACUGGUUCUCAAAUCAAUGUAGGUACCGCUCCUUCUGGUCUCUAUUCCACUCCCUAAUUGAGCCAUUCUUGAUAUUAUUUAAGUUAUUAUGAUAUAAUUUAAUUAUUUCUCAAAAUAUAUAAAAUAUCAGAAU